CCUGGCUGGUGGUACUUGCUGCGACGAUUAUCUAUAUACAAGACGGUAGAUAGGCGUCGGUAUCGGAGGUACCACAUAAUCAGUGUCUGGAUAGUAUACCAUCCCCUAGGUUCGGCUUGGGGUUGUCAAGGUUUAGUGCAUUUCGGAGUUAGUUCUGCGGUGACGUUUUGUGCUUGGAUUUUUAAUUUAUUUUGUCAGGACUACUAGUUCAAGUUCACCAUCUGAAGAAACCGAUUUUGCAACCAUUAAACUUACGAAAUAAUCGCCAAAUGUUAUAGCCGAUUCACAAACGAGAAAUCCAAGGAGGAUGCAAAUUGUCUUCGCGUACGUGGAAUAAGAACGACUCAAUAUUCUGCGUUGUUGGAAAGUAACAAAACGCGGUAAAAUCUUGUAAUUUAAACGUUGUGUCAGUGUGUAGCCCAUUCACGAUGAGAUUCCAAAAUGACAAUUCCGAUGACGUUUCUUUCGAGGAUGACAGGAAUUCCCCUGGCGAUGACGUCAGCAGGAUGAACACGGAGGAUAGUCUGCUUAGCUCCAAGGCCAGCUCUGUGACCAUUCAUAAGAGUGGGGACGUGGCUUGUUGCACUGAGGGAGAUGUUAGUGGAAGAUGUUGCAAUCCCAAAUCAAAAAUAAUAAUAGGAACCCUUCUCACAAUUUGGGGGGUGAGUACUUUAAUUUGGACACCAUUCGAUAUAUCCUUGAAAGAAAGACUGAGGAUGAGACCAGGACUUCCAGCGUUUGAUUGGUGGCAAUCACCACCUGAUGAAGUACUUCUCAAGGUUUACAUAUUCAACAUUACAAAUGUGGACAGAUUUUUGAGUGGAGAAGACGCAAAGUUGAAUUUACAAGAAAUUGGUCCUAUUGUAUACAGAGAGAAGCUGCUACAUACUAAUGUUACGUUCAAUGAUAAUGGAACUUUGACCUACGUAGCAACAAGAAAAGCAAUCUAUCUACCGGAAGAAAACAACAUAGACUUGAAUCAGACUAUAACAGUGGCUAAUUUGCCUGUUCUGGGGAUGGCUUCUUACUUCUGGGAUUCUCCCUUCUUCGAAAAGUUUGGUUUCAACAUGUUGGUAUCUAGUUCAAACGCGAACGUUACAACUCAGAUGACUAUCUACAAUUAUUUGUGGAAUUACACAGAACCGAUAGUGGAAAUGGGGAAAAACAUAGCGCCAAAACUCGUACCGGUCAACAAUCUAGGAGUUUUAGCAAGAAUCUACGAAAACUUCUCGGACACAGUAACAGUUUACGUGGGUACCGAAAAUGGAAACGAAAAGUUCUUUCUUAUAGAUAAAUAUGACGGUUCCGAAUAUCUCCCUAGUCAUGGCGACAAAUGCGAAGACAAAGUUGUCAAUUCAACAGAAGGAGUCGCAUAUCCGCAAUAUUUGACGAAGAAUUCCAUCAUCAGAUAUUGGCGAAAGACUUUAUGUUUUGUUACGUCACUUCUUUUCGAGUAUGAAAAAGAAUUCUAUGGUGUCAAUACAUACAAGUACACCUUGGCUAAUAAUACCUACGACAGAACUGAACCAGAAGAGAAGGAUUGCUACAAGAUGGAUCCAGUAUUGCCAAGUGGGUUAAGAGACACCUCCCAAUGUUUCUGGGAUUUUCCAAUUGGAACUAGUUUCCCACAUUUUCUUUAUGGUGAUCCAAAGCUCAAAGAUUUUGUUGAUGGACUACAACCAGAAAAAUCGAAACAUGAGUCUUAUGUCUACGUCGAACCUACGAUUGGUAUUCCAAUAACCUCUCGAGCAAGAUCGCAGAGCAAUCUGAUAUUGAGGAAACUAGAGGGCUUCAACGGAGACAUCGAUAAGUUUAGUGAGCAAGUGAUACCAAUGUUCUGGGCAGAUUACCAUCAAGUUGGGCUACCCUGGUAUAUAGUGAGUAUGAUGUAUUUCACAGUGAAAAUCCUGCCAAUUUUCCAAAGAGUAUGGACAGCUUUGUUAUUUAUAUCAGCCGUGCUUCUUAUAAAUUCGGCAACCAAGGAACACGCCGAAUCUAGGAAGAGCUACUUGAUGAAGAACAAAGUGAUACAAUACGAACGAGAGGUUUUUCUUAAAGCAUAGCACAGUUUUUAAAAUAUCAGUGCAAAUUGUACCAAAGCCAAACUACGAGAGUGAUGCAAAAGAUUCCUAAGUCUUAAUUUAUUAAAAAAAUAGAAUAAUAACAGACACAUUUUUUCUGGUGUUGCGUUACUGUGUUUGAUCUUCAACAGGCCUUUUAUAUUUUUCUAUUUUUAUAAAAUAGGGUAACUCAAGUAUUCCUUUCAUCGAUACAAGAUAUCGAAAAUAAUUGUGAGGAAAUAAAUGUAACCAUCAAAUUUUGAUCAUCUCUGGUAAUGUAUACCAGAGUUGAGUUUCCUACAAUUGAAUGUGAUAUAGACAUAGAAUGCUUAAUGUUAAAUGGAAUCAGUCUAGAAAUAGAAGUCCACUUAAACUGUAAAUAAACCAAAGUAAAUAUAAGGCAAUAAAAGAAUUUCAUUUA